GGUCUACAGAGGUCUACCGAGAACCCCGAAGCAACCUACCAGGUAUCCGACAUCCACAUCGCUGCCCACCAUUCAGGUGCAGUUCAAGAAUAUUUGCCUGCGUCCAAGCCCAGCAGGUCACAGACGUCGAGUCUUGACAGCCAAGAUGUGACAGUCUCCUCUAUCAAUCACACAACUUGCAAUCCACAAACCACAUGCAACCAUCACGACCGCCGCCGAGGGCUCCCGGGAGCUUUUCGCCCCUUCCCGCCAGCAAUUCAGCGAGCACGACGGAUCUAUCACGUCCGAGACCGCAGCGACAAGACUCGCUGUCCGGUGAGGACCCAACGCCUUUAAGCGUCCUCAAGACCCGGGCCCAACAGGGAGCGGCCGCGCCGUCGCCCACGCCCAUCUACACUAGCUUCACCUCGCACAACAGCGCCAGCGCCACCAAUCUGCAGAACUUCUCCCGUCCUACCUUGUCGACCGCCAUAUCAGCCGCGCGCUCCGUUGCGGGGGCGCACUCUCCGAGCGAUGUCCUUCCGCGGAAUGGCCCUUCGCCCUUGACUCUUCCACCAACAGCCUCCCCUUCCACCCCCACGUUCACCAGCCGGUCUGGCCACUUGCGCAAGCAUUCACAAACUGCGGGCUUGUUCGAACCCACGUUGCCGUCGACGAGCACGUCCAACCUCUCACAGAUUGGCCUAGAGCACUCAUCACCGAAGAUCGACACGGCGUCGCACCGAGAGAUGUCGGCUAGCCAGAUCGCCGCACAAGCAGCUGUAACACAAUAUCAGAACCAGCAGCAGCAGCAACAACAACAGCAGCAGCAGCAAAGUCAAGCCUCCCGCCAGCGUUCGCAGACGGCACCUGUUCAGGGCGCCGAACACGAGCAACCGCCCAAGCGUGGAAGUGGUGGGCCGCUGAAUCCGCCGAUGCUGAGUCUGACAGAAGCUAGCGUGCCUCGAGACAGCGCGUUGGGAGAUCAAUCCUACCACAACGGCCUCGUUGGCAACCACACUCUUGCUGCCACGACAGCAGCUAACAUUGUCUUUCCACGGUCAGGGCAGACGUCACCUGGUUUGCCGACGCAACAAUCCUUUUCCCCUCAGGCAAUGCCACCGCCCCCUCCCAAUUCCGAGAAACCCGCCAAGCCGGAGAAGUCGAAAGUGAAGCUUUUCUCGCGGCCAGGGAAGAUUGUUGGUAAAAGCGACUCCAAGGAUAAACCAUUGCCGAGCCCUGGCAAAGUCGUUGGGCAUGCUUUCGCCAAUUUGCAGCGAGCCAACUUCAGCACCACCAGCCUUGACUCUACUGCCCAGGGAUUCUAUAGUCUGCCGAACUCGUCUUCGGCGACGAUACGACCGGCCGAUAUGUUCACUGAAAAGGAGGGCAAGGAAAAGGAAAAGAAGCAUCACUUUUUGUCACGCCAGAAGCACAAGUUAAAGGAUGAAUACCAUCUUCCACUCUCCUCGGCCAAUAGCAACUCUAGGCCAACCGAUCCGAACGCGCCGAGCAGUCUCUAUAGCUUUAACCUGCCGCAGAGUCCAGCGCCCAGCAGUACCGGGUUCAAGUCCGGCCUUGACUUGCGUCACGGUGGCCGCGCUUUGCGAGAGAAGAAAAAAGAGGAGAAAGUGUUUGACGAAGCAACGAGCUCAGGACUGGGGAGCGAAUGGCCGGCUGGAAGCAGUUUGGCCUCGGGAUCAGGCUCGCUUGGUCCCUCCCUCUAUAUGAACGAGCCUUUCGAUAGCCACAGGUACGGCCUGAACAACAUGACGCAUGACGAUGCUUGGCCGUUUUUAAAGGCCAAGUUGCUUGUUGUCUUUGAGGCCGAGGACCUCCGUAUUCCAGUGGAAGAUCUCAACCGCGUCGUCACGAUGCAUAUUCAGUACUGCAUAUCGCGCCGCAGCCCAAAUAUCAUUGUGGAUGAUUUGAGGGAGCUCUUGGCGACAGGAUUUUCCAGCCUCGACCAGACCCUCCGCAAGACCGCAGAGGACAAGUUGAUCCCAUCUCUUGUCGAACUAUGGAUUUUUACUUUUACGAAUAUCCUGCCGUACAUGCAAGCCGUCUUCCUUCCCUUGGACCUGGAGUUCUCGGGCCACGGACCGCUGAUGUCUCCGGAGCAAGCCCGGGAUUUCUGGGGCGGCAUCCCCGCUAAAACCGCAACCACCGACUCUUCCUCUACCCAGCGCUCCGGCGGCAGCCAGACUAUCAGUGUCUCCCCAGCCUCCUCUGUCCUAGAAGUCCGACGCUUUGUCCUCCUUACUUUCCGUGAUAUUGUCAUUCUCCCCCGCUACGAGACCCUCAAGGCCAUGUUUUCACGCCUCUCCCUCGAAUUUCUCCCUCAGUCCCUAGCCUCCAUGGCGUUGGCGUCGCCACCCCUGCCCAUUCCGUCACCAGGCUUCCACAAUCAAGGCAUGAGCCUGAACCAGCAAAUGCUUUCUGCCUCACCAUCAGACCCCUAUACCUCAACCAGUCUCCCAACCGCCUUUGCCCCACGUCCGCCUACCGCCGCAUCUCUAGACCCGUCCAACGCCAGCUACAACAGCACGAGCACAACCCUCCUGGGCGAAACGAGCAGCGCAAGCGGCAACCGCAGCCGCGCCAUCAGCAACGUCAGCUUUGGCAGCGACGGCGCCGCCCACCUCGCUCGCCCCUUCACCCCCAGCAGUUUGCAAGCCCUGUCAGGCGCCGGCAGCAUGCCCGGCCUGACACACACCAUCAGCAACAGCACCUAUCCCGGCGCGGGGGGCGCUCCCUCGACAGCCAUGUCCUCACUCCGCGACCAAAACGUUGAGGACUCGAAGCAGGUCACUGAGAUGGUCGGGCGCAUGCUGCAGUGCAUGAGCGUGCUUGCGUCUGUCGGCGUGGCGCCGGGUACUACUAGUGGUGGUGGUGGUGCCACCACCAAUGACGAGGAGGAAGGCAACAGGAUGGUCGAGGAACUGAACAAGCUGCUCAAGCUCAACUGGCUCGGCCGUGGCAGGACCGGCCGGAACAGGAGGGGCAUGGUCGGCGGACGCGUCAAGAGGGCAGCCGGCGGCGCCAACAAUAACAAUAACAAUCCGCCGCAGCCGGCCGCCUCCCCAUCCUCGUCGCCUUCUCCGCCUGCGGGAUGGGGCGGACUAGGAGCCGGGAUUGGCAGUGUUAGGGAGGCAGGGGUCGUGGCUUGAUUUCUUCUUUGAUUUUUCGCUGCGUCUCAUUUUUAUCUUCCUUGGAUGGGCAAUGAAUGUCUCGGAGGAUCGGCUGGGCUGGUGGAUGUAUGUUGCUACUUAUACGGCCUUCUGGUUUGGUUCGGUGCGCAGGAAUGGGCGGGAUUGGGGAGAUGGAUGCAUGGUAGGGCCUUGUUGGAAACCCAUUGAGGCAGAGCUGAAGGCCACAGGAAGCUUUGCCUGGGCCAGAGUGUCUUCAUAUUUGUGAUGAUUGAUGACAAGAUUUGUACUCUACAUUAGCUGAUACCUUGAGGGGUUAGGAAGAGGAUUACGGCAGUACUGACUCCUAAGUCGAUCGAUCUGUUACAUUUCAGAGCAGUUGACUGGGCAGAGUGGCUGUCAUCACAGGCGGAGAGGCAAUAUAAUACAAGCAAGGAACAGAGGGUCUUCAGAGACGGAAAGGCAGCCAGUAAGUGUACCCUCAUUUGUUCUAGACUACGUAAAUAAUUAUCUGGG